UGGAGUUUUUGCUAUGCUAAUGUGGGUGAUUUGGAAUAAUCGCAAUAAUAGAGUGUGGAAUGAUUUAAAGGAGUCGGGAAGAAGUUUAAGGGCGAAAGCAAGGCUACUAUGGGAAGAAUGGAGCUCGGUGAACCAACAUCAGCGCAAUAACCAACCUGCAGAACUGCUGCAGCAGACUCAAUUUUGGCACAAACCGUCCUCGGGUUGGUAUAAAUGUAAUGUCGAUGCGGGCUUCCAUAGGGACCUAAACAAAACUAGCCUUGGCUGGUGCUUGCGGGAUCAUUUGGGCAACUUUGUGAUGGCUGGGACUGGUUGGAGGGAAGGUAAUUAUUCCAUUGUAGAAGGUGAAGCUUUAGCUUUAUUUGAAGCGUUAAAAGUGAUGGAACAAAAGGGCCUCUCUCAUGUUCUUGUUGAAACGGAUUCGAAGAGUGUAGUUAAUGCUAUUCAACAUCUCCGCGAUGGUCAUUCACAAUUUAGUGUUCUUAUUCGUAGUAUAAAAAAUGUAUUGUUGUUACAUCCAAACUUUAAGGUGAGUUUUAUUAAGCGACAAGCGAACAUGGUUGCUCAUACGUUUGCUAGGGCGGCCACAUCUUGGUCUAGUCGUUGUAUCUUUGAGACAUUACCUCCUUGUAUUGCUUCUAUUUUAAGUAAUGAAAUGAGUUGAGUUUUUGUUUGUCAAAAAAAAAAAAA